UGGAAUUGUUAGAUGUUUAGUGUAGCCAAAGGAUAUGGUUUUAUUCGUGUUGAUGGUUCGGAAAAGGACUGCUUUGUUCAUGCCUCCGCCAUUCUUCGUACAGUUAAUGUCCCUCUUGCUUUGAUUGAGAAUCAACAGGUCGAGUUUGAUAUAAUUGAAGGACUGAAAGGUCCUGAAGCUGUUUGCGUUUCUGGCCCCGGCGGUGUUCGUGUUGGCAAGACUAUUGGUUAUAUGUAUAAAGGUACUUUUUACCAUACAUAUCCGCGUUUCCGUCAAUUUCCAAUGAUGCCUGGUCGUUAUCCUGCUGGUCAGCGCCGAAAUGACAACAACACUGUAGAGCAUAAACAAAAUAGCAAUAUGGGGAAGAAGGUGGAUGCUGGUAGUGAAAAGAAUGGGAACCGUCAUCAAAAGGCUAUUGAAGGUGAAGGAAAGGCGGUCGUUCAUGAUGAAAAGACUACUGAAGGAAAAACGGUUUAAUUUUUUAUAAUUUUUUUAUUUUGGGGAGUUCACUAGGGUUUUUGGGAUCUUCCAAGCAUUUUAUUAAGCAAUAGUUGGGUAACUUUCAUUUCUUCACUAUUUUCCCUUGUUUUUCCUUUGGAAUUUUUGAAUCAAUCAAAACGGAUUAAUUUUGCGUAACUCCGACAGAUUCGAUUCCACGUUCAUGACACGUUAUUUUUACCUUAUUUUCAUUCUCUCGGGUCAUUCCUUUUUCAUGAAGAGAUUUGGAAGUGUUCAUUC